AGCUCUCCAAGAAGCUGCAAGGAUGCUGUCUGUGCGCAUCGCCUUGGCCGUGGCCUGUGCCCUCCUUCGACGGGUGGGACUGGUCUCCAAAAAUGCUUUGGGGUCAUCCUUUGUUGGUGCAAGAAAUCUCCAUGCCUCUAACACUCGACUUCAGAAGACUGGUACUGCUGAGAUGUCGUCCAUUCUUGAGGAGCGGAUUCUUGGAGCUGACACUUCUGUUGACCUUGAAGAGACCGGGCGAGUCUUAAGCAUUGGUGAUGGUAUUGCCCGAGUGCAUGGGCUGAGGAAUGUUCAAGCAGAUGAAAUGGUAGAAUUUUCUUCAGGCUUAAAGGGCAUGUCCUUGAACUUGGAACCUGACAAUGUUGGAGUUGUCCUGUUUGGGAAUGACAAACUAAUUAAAGAAGGAGAUAUUGUGAAGAGAACAGGGGCCAUCGUGGAUGUUCCAGUUGGCGAGGAACUAUUGGGCCGUGUAGUUGAUACCCUGGGAAACGCCAUUGAUGGAAAGGGUCCAAUUGGUUCCAAGACCCGUAGACGAGUGGGCCUGAAGCCUGGGAUUAUCCCCCGAAUCUCUGUACGGGAACCAAUGCAGACUGGCAUCAAGGCUGUGGAUAGCCUGGUACCCAUUGGCCGUGGUCAGCGAGAGCUGAUUAUUGGUGACAGACAGACUGGGAAAACAUCGAUUGCUAUUGACACAAUCAUCAACCAGAAACAGUUCAACGAUGGGACUGACGAGAAGAAGAAGCUGUACUGCAUCUAUGUUGCUAUUGGUCAGAAGCGGUCCACUGUGGCUCAGCUGGUGAAGAGACUGAAGGAUGCAGAUGCCAUGAAGUACACCAUUGUGGUGUCAGCCACUGCUUCUGAUGCUGCCCCGCUUCAGAAUUUGGCUCCUUACCCUGGCUGCUCCAUGGGAGAGUAUUUUAGAGAUAAUGGCAAGCACACUCUGAUCAUCUAUGACGAUUUAUCCAAACAGGCUGUUGCUUACCGCCAGAUGUCUCUGUUGCUCCGCCAACCCCCUGGUCGUGAGGUCUAUCCUGGUGAUGUGUUCUACCUACACUCUCGCCUGCUGGAGAGAGCAGCCAAGAUGAACGAUUCCUUUGGUGGUGGCUCUUUGACUGCCUUACCAGUCAUUGAAACACAGGCUGGUGAUGUGUCUGCUUACAUUCCAACAAAUGUUAUCUCCAUCACUGACGGACAGAUCUUCUUGGAAACAGAAUUGUUCUAUAAAGGCAUCCGCCCUGCCAUUAAUGUGGGUUUGUCUGUGUCCUGUGUCGGAUCUGCUGCCCAAACCAGAGCCAUGAAACAGGUGGCAGGUACCAUGAAGCUGGAGUUGGCUCAGUACCGCGAGGUCGCUGCUUUUGCCCAAUUUGGUUCUGAUCUUGAUGCUGCCACUCAGCAGCUUUGGAGUUGUGGUGUGCGUCUAACCGAGCUGCUAAAGCAAGGACAGUACUCUCCCAUGGCUAUUGAAGAGCAGGUGGCUGUUAUCUACGCGGGUGUCCGGGGUUAUCUCGAUAAACUGGAGCCCAGUAAGAUCACAAAGUUUGAUAGUGCAUUCUUGUCUCAUGUUAUCAGCCAGCACAAGACCCUCUUGGGCAAUAUCAGGGCUGAUGGGAAAAUCUCAGAACAGUCAGAUGCAAAGCUGAAAGAGAUUGUAACAAACUUCUUGGCUGGGUUUGAACCAUAAAGCCCUGUCACUGUCACCAGACACUGCUUUGGUUUUGUCAUUUAUUCUGGUAAAAUCAGUACCAUUUGUAAAGGGUUACUCGUGUACUCCUGAUGUACAGGAAUCACAUGAAUAAAAGUUCCAUAUUGUGUAAA